AUGGAUAGUAGUAAUUAUUUUGGAGAUUCAAACAUGGGAAAUGAAAGAGUAAGUGGAUCUUCAUCAUCUUCAAGAAAAGGGAAGAAAAAUAAUCAAGAUAAACCAAAGCAACCACAAAGAGGAUUAGGUGUUGCUCAAUUGGAGAAAAUUAGAUUACAUGGUGAAAUGGCUUAUGCUUUUCAUCCUCCUCUUCAUAAUCCUUAUCCAUCUAGUUUUAUCAAUGAAGAUCCAAGAGUGCAAACACCAUAUUCAUCUAUACCUUCUUCUUCCUCUUUUUCUUACUCAUCUUCUUCUACAUCUUACUCAGCUUCACAUGGUUUUCAACCAAACAUUGUGAUGGGCCAACCUCAAUAUGAAAGAACAAACAUAAUAUAUGGAGAUUCUCAACCAAUUGAUUCAUUAAGAUCAUGGGAACAUGCCAAUGCCAUUGCUCAAUCCAACACAACAAAACCGUUACUUAACCUAUAUGACUCACAAUACGUAGAUACCAAGAAGCAUAGAAGUGGUUCCACAAGCAGUCAGAAUUCAGAAUCAAGUGACACUCAAGAACCAGAUUUGGAGCUAAGAUUAUCUCUUUGA